AUGGGUGACGUUAGUUGCUAUAUGGGAGCACCAGGUUCGGGAGCGCCUGGUUCUACCGGAGGUUCGAGUGGCGGUGGAGGUGGUGGUGGCGGAGGUUAUAGCGGAGGCGGUGGAGGUUACGGAGGUGGAGGUUCCGACGGUGGUUAUGCGUAUCAGAGAGAGGAAUACGCCUAUGGAGGAGGUGGAGGAGGUGGAUUUGAUGCCACAGGCGGUGGCGGUGGCGGUGGAGGCGGUGGUGCUGAUACUGGCCCAAAAAUGCGAACUGAUGUAUCGUGCUAUCUGGGACCACGAUAA